UGAAAGCUAAGUUUUCUCUUUUGCAGUCGGGCGACAACAGCUCUGCCCAAUGCGCAUGAGCGAAAGUGCAGCGCCUUAUGAAAAACCGCUGCAGCUAGCCAGUCGGCUAGCAGCAACUAGAAGGAAGUAUUUCGGUUGUUUUCUUUCAUGUUACUGCAAACAGGAGCUGCUAACAGUCGUCCGAAUGGGGAACAAUCUGUAGAACAAGCAGGGUUUUGCAGAACAAACGACUGGAUUCGUCCACUCUAAAAGCAUGAUGGAGGGAGAAGGAGCCCCUGUAGAUGGAGAGGGGGAAACCCCGUUCAUGGCUGAGGCCUUUGCCGCUGAGGCCAUGGCUGCAGACAUGGAUCCCUGGAUAGUUUUUGACUCCAGAAGAACUCCCAGAUCAGAGUUUGAAGGCUGGCUGGAGAGUAACAGACCCUCGCAGGUGUACAGGUUUGGUGCUGAGGAGGAGAGUGGCUGCCGGGUGGGGUGGAUCGCUGUUCUCGGGCCGGACCACUGCCCUGGUGGCGGGGAUGUCAUGGGUCUCCAGGAGAGUUGGGAGAAACUUUUGGCCAGCAGCAGGCCUGUCACGUUCCAAACGGUGAAAGAGCUGGCUCUGAAUCACGGCGUGCUCACGGGGAAGUGGCUGAUGCACUUGGAUUCAGGCUUCAAACUAGACCACGCAUGGGAGUGCGUGGCCAGAGCAACCCUGGAGGGCAAGAUCUCCACUGUCAAAGUAAGCCCCUUUAACCCCAAGGCAGAAGGCAAGCAGGUCAUUUGUGCCUAUAACCACAACUUCACCGAUGAGAGUGAAGUGAUGAGGUUGGACUCGGUCAUCCGCGCCACAGGGGUCAAAUGCCCCCUCUCCUACAAGCCAGAUGUUUACACAUACCUGGGAAUCUACAGGAACAAUCUCUGGAAGCUCUGCCCAACAAUUUAUGAGAGCAAGUUUGACUUGGAAUGUGUUCCCCGGCGCUCCCACAUCAUCAACAAAGUCACGAGGCUGGAAGUCACCUAGAACCAGUCUGGACAGGAGAGUGGCGUUGUGACCGUCUCGCAUGAAGCCCGGGCGCUGCAGUUAGCCCGUGGUUCAACUUCAGUCUCAUGUUUUUUCGUUUUUGAUAAAGGGGAAAAAAUAUUAUUUCAAUGUUUUGUUUUAUCCAUCCUGCUUUCUUAGCUGAAUAAGUGACCUGAAAUGCGGUUUCAGUUUAUGUUGAGUGAUGUUUGUGAGCGGCAGGAUUGAUGAGAUCCUUGAAUCCUGAGCGUGGGCCUCUCAGUGACUCGGUUAUGCUUCCCUUGGUUAAAAAAGAUAAAUAUCUCUUCAGUUCAGCUUUAAUCUUUGUUUACUACUCAACCAUCGCAGCAUUAACAAGUAAAAUAUACCUUUGAAAACCUG